AUGGCGAGGUUGAAGGUGUUGUCAGCCCUAGACACAGCGAGGACACAAUACUACCACUUCAAGGCCAUCAUCAUUGCAGGGAUGGGGCUCUUCUCCGACGCCUACGACCUUUUCUCCAUCACUCUCAUCAUCAAGAUGAUCGGAAGGAUAUACUACAAAGACCGGGGGAACCAGACGCCGCCGGUGGUCGCCUCCGCCUUGGUCGCCGUGGCGCUGUUCGGCACCGCCAUCGGCCAACUCGUGUUCGGAAGACUCGGUGACCUCAAGGGGCGGCGGCGCGUGUACGGAUUUGCCUUGCUGUUGAUGGUGUUCGGCUCCUUGGCCUCUGGCUUCUCCAUUUGCAGAAAAAGAACCUGCGUUCUCCUCUCCCUUGGCUUCUUCAGGUUUGUGUUGGGGCUGGGGAUCGGGGGAGACUACCCAUUGUCUUCUACCAUAAUGUCUGAGUUUGCAAACAAAAAGACACGAGGAUCGUUCAUAGCAGCGGUGUUUUCAAUGCAAGGGUUCGGCAUAUUGGCCAGUUCCACCGUGACGAUAGUUGUGUGUUCUAUAUUCCGAGGAGCAUCAGCUUCAGAGGAUGACGCUGACGUUGCAUGGAGGUUAAUACUCAUGCUAGGUUCCGUUCCAGCAGCCAUGACUUAUUACUGGCGCAUGAUGAUGCCUGAAACUGCCAGAUACACAGCGUUAGUGGAGCAAAAUGUGAUUCAAGCAGCAAAGGACAUGGAGAAAGUGCUGGAUGUAGAACUGAGCCUGAUUGCUGAAGAACAUCCUCUGCCACCAACCGCACAUCCAUACUCUCUCCUUUCGAGGGAAUUCCUCGGUCGCCACGGUCGUGACCUUUUCGCUUGUUCUUCAACUUGGUUUCUAUUGGACAUCGUUUUCUACAGCCAAGUUUUGUUCCAAAGUGAAAUAUACGACAUCUUCUACCUUAACAAAGACAAAAACGAGGAUAUUAAUGUCUACAAAGAGGCUUUCCACGUUGCAUGGAUCCAAACCGUAAUCGCAGCGUGUUCCACCAUCCCUGGCUACUUUUUCUCCGUCUACUUCAUUGAUAAAUGGGGCAGAGUCAAAAUCCAAAUAAUGGGCUUUUUCUUCAUGGCUUUGGCCUUUUUCGCCAUUGGGAUUCCCUAUUACUCAUUUUGGACUGACGAGGAUCACAAACAUAGUGAAGGGUUCAUGAUCUUGUAUGGGCUUGCUUUCUUCUUUGCCAACUUUGGGCCCAACACCACGACUUUCAUUGUCCCAGCUGAGCUUUUCCCAGCCAGGUUUAGGUCCACGUGUCAUGGCAUUUCUGGGGCAAUGGGCAAGGCUGGGGCAAUCAUUGGAUCUGUUGGGUUUCUUUGGGCCUCACAUAAUAAGGAGGAGGAGGGGUACCCCAAGGGAAUUGGGAUGACAGCUUCCCUUAUCAUACUUGGAGGGGUGUGCAUUGUGGGAAUGGUGAUCACCUACUUUUUCACUAGGGAAACCAUGGGAAUGUCUUUGGAAGAGAAUGAGGUGGAGAGUGUGGCCCAUGAAGUUGCAGAGUAUCACAAUCUUUGAUUCAAGGGUUAUUCGAUUAUGGUAAAUGGUAGUUUUCUGUUCAUAAGUAUUGGAUUUGUAAUGUAACAUUUGAGAAAUAGAUCUAAUAGUUAUUAAUGGAAAACUACCGUGAUGGGAGCACCUCUAUAAAAAUGAAAUUAAAGGAAAAACCAUUAGAAUA